AUGGCAACCAACAACUGUGAUAACCUCAGGAAUUUGAAGAGUGCAAGAUCUGACUGGAAGAUAAUAGUACGAGUCAUACGUGUGUGGAAGGUAGUUACUAGGCACGGCGAUGUCUUCAAAGGAAUGAACUUGCUGCUUCUUGAUGGAAAGAAAUGUCGUAUGCAUGCUUUUGUUCCUGGAUCAAUGUCUGAAAGAUUGGGUAGGAUUUUAGUAGAUGGAAAUCUAUACAUUAUAAAAAAUUUCCAGGUCAAAGACUAUACCCCAACUGACAAAUACCGAGCAGUAGAAAUGGAUAAACAAAUUGUGUUCACCACUGAAACCAAGAUUAAGGAACUUGCUGAAUCUGAAGUCUUUAUACCCAAGAACAUGUUUGACUUAUUUGAAUAUUCACAACUUCAAAAUAGAGCUAAACAAAUUGUCUUCCUAACUGAUAUUGUUGGGGUUGUGGAGAAAAAGGAUGAUAUAAACAGGUACACGAACAAAGAGGGUGUGCGCACUGUCAAUGUUAGGUUCAAACUGAGUGACGGAAGGAAGAAGCUCAAUGUAACAUUCUGGGGGGAUUUUGCUGAAGAAUUUGAAAAAGCUUACACUGAUGACUUGGAACAACCAGUAAUUGUCAUCAUUGCAAGUGCAAAAAUCAGUGCCUGGCAUGAUGAAAUUGACGUCGCCAACUAUAGUCCAACACAAUUCUACAUUAACUAUGAGCACCACAGCGUUGCAAGACUAAGGAAAAUGUUGCAAGACCCAAACUUCUCCAAACAUAAGUUCUCUCGCAAAAGGAAACCUCUUCAGUUAAUGAAGAUUAACAACAUCAAGAAUUUACCCGCUGAAUUUGCAGAGGACGAGGUAAUAUGUAAAGUUACUAUAAAGUUGGUUGAGAUAAGAAAGGACUGGAACAAGGACAUUUGCUCAUCUUGCUAUUUGGAAACAAAAGAAGACAAUGGUUCAAAGUUCUGUACUCACUGUGAUCGCAUUGUUCCUCACGCCUUGAAAAGGUUAUAUUUUUACCCUACCCGUGUGAACAAAAUUAGUGCAGAUGAUCACUCAACAACAAACAAUUUCUUCCACAGGUUCAAGAUUACUACUGUUGCAGCUGAUGACACAGGAGGACUGGAAAUUGUUCUAAAGGACAGAGAGGUUAUGAACUUGAUCAAAAAGGGUGUUAAUGAUCUGAAGCCACAGGAUAAUGUAUUCCCUCCGGAACUAAAAAAAAUCCAAGGCCAAAACUACACAGUGGUACUUCGCCUAUCGACUGAAAACAAAAACAAGAAGGAUGAAGUGUAUGUUGCUUCUAAUAUCAUGGUCGGAUGGGAAUACACACCAGAACCUAUUGUUGAUGAAGGCGAUCAAAGUCGCACUACACAGACAACUUUUUGUGAGCCAUCAGAUUCUUCUUUACACCUUGACACCAUUUCACAACUAAACCCUCCGGCUCUAUGA